UCGCCUCUUCACACCAAAGCCCCAAUCCUUCCCCUCCCACCGGAACCUUCUCGAAGCGAAGCUUCUUCUUCCUUCUGCUCCAGCCAAAUGGCGGUGGAUCUGACCCCGAGGCAGCCGAGGAAGGCGUACGGCGGCGAGGGAGGCGCGUACUACGAGUGGACCCCCGCCGACCUGCCCAUGCUCGGCGUCGCCUCCAUCGGCGCCGCCAAGCUCUCGCUCGCCGCCGGUGGCCUCUCGCUCCCUAGCUACUCCGACUCUGCCAAGGUCGCCUACGUCCUGCAAGGUAAGGGGACCUGCGGCAUUGUCCUGCCGGAGGCAACCAAGGAGAAGGUGGUCGCCGUGAAGGAGGGCGACGCUCUGGCGGUCCCCUUCGGCGUGGUGACCUGGUGGCACAACGCCCCCGACGCCACCACCGAGCUCGUUGUCCUCUUCCUCGGCGACACCUCCAAGGGCCACAAGGCCGGCCAGUUCACCAACUUCCAGCUUACCGGAGCCAACGGCAUCUUCACCGGCUUCUCCACAGAGUUCGUGGGCCGCGCCUGGGACCUCGCCCAGGAGGACGCCGCCAAGCUCGUCUCCAGCCAGCCGGCCUCCGGCAUCAUCAAGCUCGGCGCCGGGCAGAAGCUCCCGGCCCCCUCGGCGCAGGACCGCGAGGGCAUGGCCCUCAACUGCCUGGAGGCCCCGCUGGACGUGGACAUCAAGAACGGCGGUCGCGUGGUGGUGCUCAACACCCAGAACCUGCAGCUGGUGAAGGAGGUCGGGCUCGGCGCCGACCUGGUGCGGAUCGACGCCCACUCCAUGUGCUCCCCGGGGUUCUCUUGCGACUCAGCGUACCAGGUGACGUACAUCGUCCGCGGCAGCGGCCGCGUUCAGGUGGUCGGCACGGACGGCAAGCGCGUGCUGGAGACCCACGUCGAGGGCGGCUACCUCUUCAUCGUGCCCCGCUUCUUUGUCGUCUCCAAGAUCGCUGACGCAUCCGGCAUGGAGUGGUUCUCCAUCAUCACCACCCCCAACCCCAUCUUCAGCCACCUGGCGGGGAGGACAUCGGUGUGGAAGGCCAUCUCGCCGGAGGUGCUGGAGGCGUCGUUCAACACGACGCCGGAGAUGGAGAAGCUGUUCCGGUCCAAGAGGCUCGACUCGGAGAUCUUCUUCGCCCCCAACUAAGAAGCCACUAGCCCAGCAAAGCCAGUUGCAGUUGCAGUGUGUCGUCCCCGGUCGUCGUUAGCUUAAUGAUAAGAUUAGCAGAGUCUAAAGGAGAGUGCAGGCCUAGUGUGUCGUCCUCGGUUGUCGGUUGCUUGGUCAGUUUCAGCGUCGUGUCGUCAGAGGAGGAGAGUUUUCCGGGAGCCUCUCACGUCCUGGGGGUGUGUCCGUUCAAUACUUUUGAGAUGAAUACAGUGGCCUGCUUUUGUUAA